AUGGAAGCAGAAUGCGAAGCAAAGCUCGCAGCUCUUAGGAGUGAACACCAGAAGGAACUGGAACGACGUGAGCAGGUACACCGUGAAAACUUGGAGACAUGUCAGAUUGAACUAAAUGAACUGAAGGGAAAGUUACAAGAGAGUGACAAAACACUUCAGUUAAACUUGGAUAAGGAUAAGAAUAAGGACGAAUACGCAAAAGAGUACGAGGAUGAAAUUGCAAGACUACAGAAGCAAAAUGAUAUGCUUACUAAAAAUCUGAAAGCAGACUUAGAAGCAAAAAAUGCUGAGCUAGAUACGGUAAAAUUUGAAAUGAACAAGGAAAUUACUGAGCUAAAAAAACAACUCGAGAAGUGUAUGGGUGAUUGUGAUGGAUAUCAAAAAGAAUUAAACUUACUUAAAGAGAAACUAAAAGGUUUCAAGUCUUCCAAAUCAGAAGUCGUCGUAGAAGUGACUAAGUCUGAGCCGCUUCCUAUUGUGAAAGAGGAAAAACCUGAAAAGAAACCAAAGAAAGAGAAAGAGAAAAAGGAGAAGAAAUCAAAAGUUAAAGUUGAUGAAGCUCCAGUCAGUAAAACCGAGAUUGAAACCGAGAAAAAGCCAGAAGUGGCUCCCAAAAAGAAAACUGUAGCUCCUACUAAAAAGGAAGCAAAACCUGGAAUGACAUCUAAAUCGAAACUGGAAGCAAAAAUACCAGAAGGUGAAAAGAAGGUUGCACAGCUUGAGGAGAGUGUAAAAGAGGAGAAACUCUUCCUAGAACGACUGUGUCAACAUUUUGCUGAAAAACAGAAGAUUGCUAGUGGACAAAAGAAAAUGGCUAUCCCUUGUCAACGAGUCAUUUCAGCAUGUAUGACAUGUGCUGCCAGAAGAACAGCCUCGGGUACAGCAAUAGGAAGUAAAAAUCAACAGAGGAAGGGACACUGCAACAAGCCAGUAGAUCCAGUAGGAGCAUCAAAAACGACAGUUAGAUGCCCAGGUAAGAGUGAGUGUGAGGAGUUACAUUAUAUGGAUUACGAGGACUGUUCCAAAAGAAACCGAACUUUUGAAAUAGAACGUCAGCCGGCAGAAGGAGCGCGCAGGGGCUACUGA